UCUUAUUAAAUCACAAAGCAGAAAUCAAAAUUAAGAGGACAACGAAAACAUCAAAUAAUUCGAAUAUAAAUCCUCUCUGAUCAAAGAACAAGUAACACGACACGCUGAUCACUGAGAUAGGGUUACCGAGUCACCCAUGGCCGAUUUCCAAUCCUCAAGUCACAAAGCCAAGUGGAUCUUCACCCCUCAACAGUUGGCCGAGAAAUAUAAAGCUACUAAUAAUAGAGCGAAACAAAUGUUAGAGAAGUAUGGAACGACAAGAAUGAGAGUAGAUGUUGAUGGGUCAUUGUCAUAUCCAGAACCUCAAGUUAACAUGACAGAGAAUGCUGAUAAGCAUUCUCGUUCAAAACCAAUAAGUGUUGAGGAAGAACAAUUUAUGCGAGUAUACUAUGAGUAUAAACUUCGAGAAGUGUGUAGUGCAUUCUAUUUUCCUCAUAAAAUUCAGGCAACUGCACUCCUAUACUUUAAAAGGUUUUAUCUUCAAUGGUCAGUCAUGGAGCAUGAUCCAAAACAUGUAAUGUUAACCUGCAUCUAUGCAGCAUGCAAGAUAGAAGAAAAUCAUGUGUCUGCGGAGGAGCUUGGUAAGGGGAUUUCACAGGAUCAUCAAAUGAUUCUCAAUUACGAGAUGAUAGUUUAUCAGAGUUUGGAAUUUGAUCUUAUUGUCUAUGCACCAUAUCGAUCUGUUGAAGGUUUUGUUGCUGAUAUAGAGGAAUUCUGCCAUCCAACAGAUGAAAAUAUUGAAAAGCUGAAGGAAAUUGCAGUGGCAGAGAUUGACAAAAUCAUGCUCACUGAUGCACCCGUUAUGUUCCCUCCUGGGCAGUUGGCAUUGGCUGCUCUGCAGAGUGCAAAUGAGGUGCAUAGAGUUCUUGAUUUUGAGAGAUAUCUCGAGAGUGUCCUCUCUCGUCAGAAUUCUGCACACAUGAUUUCAGAGAUCAGUGAAUCUCUACAUGCCGUCGAGAAAUGGGUGAGGAAAUACAGUUUCCCUACGGAUAAGGAUAUGAAGCACAUAAAUCGGAAGCUGAAAUCAUGCUGGGGUCAUAACUCACACGAUGAGUAUGUCUUUCACACUCACAAAUACUUACAGCAAUUGGUAGUUAAAUAUCUUACAGAUUCUUUCUAUUUUCAUUUUUCCACUGAUGUUUGACUGUUUGGCAGCAAUAAGAAAAGGGAGAAGAAAUCAAAACACAAGUCCCAUAAGAGUUCGAAUGAAAUGCAAAAUGGCCCAGGACUGACUUAAUUGUAUGUUGCUCCUUGUUCACAAGUGUUUCCUACCUUAUUUAAGCGAUUUACUAACUUGGUUUUUGCUUCCCAGAUUUUUGUUGGAGAUUAUAUUUAUGUACCAAUUUGGAUGACAUCAGUCGAUUAAUAUCUUAUGGAAUUACAGAAGGUCCUUGUACUUUAA